UAUAGUUUGACCAAGAAGACGGUCGACCUUUGGCAUUCGAUACAUUUGUUUACUAUACCAAUCAAAAUGGAUCAGAUGUUCUUUGGAGUCCUAAAGGAACCAAGAGGUAUCCUAAAGCCGAUAGAAUGGCUGCUGGCUAUAUUUGCAUUUGCAACCAUGACGGGAUCGCAGCUCAACAUAGCAUUUGAUGUGACUUGUAAAGAUGGCAACGUUACUCAAGCACCUGUCAACUUACAAUUGUCCUCUUCCUACCCCUACAGGCUAGAAGAUGCCAAGAUUGAAACUCAAUUGUGCAACCAGUCUGUGAGCCAAGCACUGCUGCAGGGUGCUGGUGGCUCGUCACAAUUCUAUGUGUUUGUCGGGGUCAUGGUCUUCCUCUACUGUAUGGCCGCCCUUGUGCUCUACAUCAUGUUCGACCAGACGUACCGCAAACAUAACGCCUGCACCAUCGGGGACUUCAUCAUAUCUGGUGUGAUUGUAGCCCUGUGGCUUAUCGGAUCCUCAGCAUGGGCCCAGGGUGUGACGGAUCUGAAGUACUACACCAACCUCGAGGAGUCUGGCUAUUUCACACAUAUCAAGAGUGUCUGUAGUAAUGGAAACACCUGCGUGCAGACCAGGAAUGCCAACUUCGCGAGCCUGAACGUCUCCAUUAUAUUUGGCUUCCUGAACAUGGUUGUCUGGGCUGGUAACAUGUGGUUCCUGUUCAAGGAAACCCCCUGGCAUAAGGUGAACCAGUCCAAGCCUCCAGAGUUUUCUGGUGCAACCUCUGGCCCGACUGACCAGCAGAGAAUAUAGUGCAGUGUUACCAACCUCUGUCUAGAAUAAAAAAUAGUAGAGUGUAGCCUCCAACAUGCUUAGUUGAGGGUAACCUGAGUGUAGUGGAUUGUAACCUGUAAAUCUAUAUUGAUAUUUUUUGUGAAAUGUUUUUUGUUAUUGAAAUAUCCCAUUAACUUGCUUAAGUUUUGUUGAAUACACUUUGCAAACUGUUAUAAGAAGAAAAAACAUUUUUAACAAUUCUUUCUUCAGCCACCACAAAUUUAAACUAAUUGAAAAACAAAGCUUAAAGGUUACUCUGUUAUUGUAAAUGUAAGUAAAGAAUACAUUUUGUAGCUUGUCUGAUUGAGACCAUUGUUCAAAUUGUGUGAAAUUAUUUUUUGUUUUUGGACAUAAUAUCUAUGCCUUGGUAUUUAUCAGAAUUGGUGUUGUUUCGGUGUUGCAAUGUUACAAACAGUUUAUCCAUUACUUGUUGCAUUUUGUAGAUAAUCAUUCAAUGGUUCACCAAACAUUUCAAUACAUGUUGUUGUUUUUAAAACCAAAGCAAAAUUUGCUUUACUUUUUUUAGGCUUAUUAGUGAAAUACUAUGAUCAUUUUUUCGUAAAAGGCAUGAUAUUAUGUUUGGUAAGUAUGUAAUAAAGAUGCAUUCUAUUUUUGAAGUAAUUGUUUGUGGCUAUUAGUAAACAUUUAAGGAAAUAAAGAGUUUGAUGGGAUGCAUAAGUUGCAUAAAAUUUGUAAUGAAAAUACUUGUUUAAGCAUAAUUAUGAUGAUGUAAAGUUGUUAAAACAGGGGCUCUUAUGUUCAGGAUUAUUCCUAAGAUCAGGAUUUUGAGCUUUUAAAAUCAGACUUUUGUUCAGUCAAAAAGAUAUUUUUUGUGCUCAUACUUGUGCAUAAAAAGCAAAAAGAAGUAUUUUGAAAUUAAUAUAAUGGAAACAAUUUCAAAAGGGGUCUUAACUGCUUUUGGCAUACAUACCUCACACUCGAACAGACCUUUCACUUUUUUUCAGGAUUGACAAUUCUCAGCUGUUUGAACCCCUGUUUUAAGUAUAUGUAGUAUUUUUGUAUUUCAUUUUUUGCACCUUCAUCAAUUUGUAUUCCAGUCACAUUUUUUUCAGGGAAUAUUUGGAUAUUAAUUGUCUUAUAAUGGCUAUUGAAUUUUGAAUUAAUUAAAACAAAAAAAAACAUUAAAAGAAUAGUACUGCGAUCCAAAAAAAUAUCUAGUUUGGUAUGAUUAUUUUCAAAUUUGAUUGUCAGAGAGAAAAAAGCUGCAUGAAAAGUGCAACAUUUCUGAGAAUAUAGGUGGGGAAUAAAGAUGUGACAAUCAAAGUUUUUAUAGUUUAUUAGACUAAAAGAAAAGUCCUCAAAUCAUGAUUUAAUAUUUGUUGAUAUAAAACAUUAAGAACGGAAAUUCACAUUUGUAGUUAUAAAAGAAAAGGUUUUAAAAUUCGUAAAAAAACAACAGCACACAUCAUAGGAAGAUUCUUUUGAAUUCUGUAAACAUUAAGAUCUAGCGACAUUUUAUUUAACUUUUUUGUCCCGGCCAAUCCUAGUGCCUAAUAUAUACAUACAUUUAUUUAAAAUAUGUUUGUGUUUAAUUUGUGGCAGUUUAUAAUAUUAUUGUAAAUUUUCUUAAAAUAUUUUUUAGCUUAGUUUUGUAAAUAUGUGUGAUAAAUCAUAUGGAAACUAUUUUGUAUUUGAUAUGACCUGAUUGAAACUGAAUUUAUGUAAAAGCUAUCUAGAUUUUGGAAUCUCGAUGAAAAUGGUGACAAUUCUUUUUGAUCAUCUAUUCAAAACCCAAGUGAAAAUCACUAGCAACUGUAUUUUAGCUUAACAUUUUUUUUUAUAAUCCCUGUUUUUCAUUUUCAUGUAUCUACGCAAUGUCUAGCGUUAAAGGCAUUCAGGUAUGAUUCUAGAAAAUCUUUUGCUAUGAGAAAGAAAACUUUGCAAGAUCAAAUCAAUUUUACAAUCACAAGGCUUGGAUUUAUAAUAUUCUGUUCAAAUGAGUACAUGAACAUCUAUCAGUUGCUGUUUGUAUAUAAAGUAAGUGAAAUAACUAAACUUGGAUAAAGUUCAAAAUAAAUUACUGCUAACACAAAAUCUGUGAGUUCAACAAAGUUUUAAAAUAAACCAUUAUCAUCACAAAAUAUGUGAUUCUCUAUAAAGAAACAUUUAAAGAUUUAAAAAUUGUUUUCAGUGAGAAAUGAAACAAGUAUUCAAAUGGCAUUUGGCUUUGCCUGUAAAUAGCACAAAUUAAUUCUUUCAGGGUUUAUUUAUUGGUACCCGUAAUACUAUUCCAAAAGUUUAAAAAAGUGCCAUCAUAAAAUCUGUGAACAAUUCUGUUUAAGGUAAUUCAUCCAUCAUUAAUACAAAAACUUGCUUCUGGUAAAGUUUUAUUUUAAAGUUUUCACAGAGGACAUUUUUGUAUAGGCAUUAAUUUAGAUUAUCUCAGAAACAAAUUAAUGAAAUUGCCGUGUAAUCCUAGUAAAAUAUUGUUUAAUUUUCUCCCUUUAAUGUAAUCCAUGCAAAAAGAACAUUAUGGUUGAUCGGUAUUCAGUAAUCAAACAUAGAAACUAAUCAGUGUCCACAUCUAAAAUGCACUAAUACAUCUUUCAUAUGCACUAAUACAUCUUUGCAUCCUAAUGAUGGAUGGCUUACCUCAAGGAAAGAUUGAAAAGAAAUCCUUUUUUUUAUUAUGCAAUGAAACAAGUCUUCAAAGGAUGGUUGCUUUUGCCUGUAAUGUCAUUGAUUAACUACUUCAGGAUUUAUAUACCAGUAGUAAUAUUCCACAAUGUAUAAAUUUGUAUUUUGUUUAUCACAUAGUGAAAUUCAAUCAUGUUAAAUGCUUGUGCACAUCUAAUGCUGAUUUAUUUUAUAUGUAAUCCCUACAAGUACUUAUCAAGAUACACUGCUUUCUCAUGUUAAUAAGAUACACUGCUUCUAAUGUUAAGGUACACUGCUUUCUCAUAUUAAGGUACACUGCUUUCUCAUGUUAGGAUACAUUUGCCUUCAUUACUUUCUCAUGUUAAGGUACAUAGCUUCCUCAUGUUAAGGUACAUUGUUUUCUCAUGUUAAGAUAAAUUGCUUUCUCAUGUUAAGGUUCAUUGUUUUCUCGUUUUCAUAUUCAUUGCUUUUUCAUGUUAAUGUCAUUUUUUUUUGACACAAACUUGCAUUCCAGUGUUACUGUUGUGUGUUUUCACUUUAGUUUGUUUGAGCAUAUUAACCCAUCAGCAGCCAUUUGUAUAAAAUUGGUUAAGUCUUUGAUUCGGUUUAAGUUGACCAAACUAUUUAUUGACUUGUCAUUAUGUAUCCAGUAAUAACUUUUGACCAAUCAAAUUGCUUUGAAGUGAAUAAAUUAUCCAGGUUUAUACACUUGGCUUCAGUUAGUCUGUGUUAAAGCAAAAUAUAAUCCAAUUUGUUUUUGAUUACAAGAUUAUUGAAUACCUUUGUACUUUUUUCAGAAUGAGUGUGAAUAUGUGUGCCUAUUGUGUAAUUUUGGUUUUGCUGUGUCAUGUUUUCAUUUUUCUGAAGUUCGGUGUUUGAAACUAGCAUUGUAGUUUUACAUUAAAGUUGUGCUCUAAAAUUGUUAGACUAAGUCUUGAAGAUAUUCGGAUACAAGAUCGAUUUGGAAUCACAACUUUCGAUGGCAUUGAAUUGAAUUGGAUAGAAUCUCAAUUAAUGAAUUGUUAUCCUUAGUUAGGAUUCCUAACUAUGUAGCUCUUUGAAUUGCAAAAUGGUCAGGUGACAUGAAUUUACAAUUGUAGGCUAUUUGGAAAAUCUUGUUUGUAUUUACGUAACAUCAGGAUAUUAGUAAAGUAAAGAAUACAAUCGGAACGCCUCGGCCAUCUCCGCCAUACGACAAGCCUUGUCUGAUCAUGUAUGCUGGUGCAUUGGUAAAAAUAGUUAUAAUAGAAUUAAUUAAUUGUAGUGUUUUUACGAGCAAUUUUUAUUACUAAGACCAAAAUGAUUUCCUUGUUCAGUGCAUUAUUGCAUAUACCAUUAAGUAUCCUAAGAGUUAAGUUAUUAGGUUAACUGCUAAAUUGAAAUUACUAUGCGAUCUACUUGCAGCAUAAAGAAUUCUGACAUUGUAAACCGUCCAUAUAUAUCCGAGGUUGUUAUCAAACAAAAUGGCUGGGGUUAAAGAAUUGUGUGAUCUCUAAAAUGAAGAGUACACCAGAACACACAAACUAAGGUAUCCAUAUAUAAAACUAGUUGUUUUAUGAGGCAAUUGGAGAUAAUAUUUGCCUGGUGUCUCCUUAUAAUGUUGGAAUUAUUUGAAAGGUUAUUGGUAGGUUAAUUAAAUGAUUAAAAAUGUACAUUACAACUUUAAUCAAACUGUUUCCUUUUUAGCAAUUUUCUUUUUGAAAUUUGCUUUAAUUUUUCCAUAUUAUUUCUCUACCUUACAAACCCUUUCAAAUGUGUCCAAAAUAUUAUGUGGUCAGCAGGCAUCCAAAAUUCACAUAUUUGUACAUGUCAUGUUUUAAACCGUUUAUAAAAAAAUGCACAUACAACAUGUAGUUAUUUUGGGUGAUUAAUCUUACUAAUAUAGAAUAUUUAAAUCAUUGUAUAGAUAUAGACUAUUAGAAAUGUUGUAUAUCAAGUAUAAGACAUGUAUGUACAUGUAUAAUUAGUUAUGUUACAUUUUUCAUAUUAUAAGAAUGAUAUUGUAUGCUAGGGUGGGUGUGUUUUUGUUUAUUUUAUAUUGCAGAUCUGGCAAAUAAACGUUUAAAAUAA